AGUCGUGCAUCCACCGCGCGUGAUCCGUUCCUCCCAAAUCCCCCAGCCGGCGCCGCAACGUAAAGACGUAGAACAGCUCCCACAAUCCCAAGCUCCGUAGCCUCCCUCCUCGUCAGCGCCGGCCAAGACCACGCACCGCCAGCAGCAAUGGAGACCGUCGCGGCCGCCGGCUACGCGCGCGGGGCCGCCACGCGCUCCCCGGCCUGCUGCGCCGCCAUGUCCUUCUCGCAGUCCUACAGGCCCAAGGCUGCCAGGCCGGCGACCUCGUUCUACGGCGAGUCGCUGCGGGCGAACACGGCGAGGACGUCGUUCCCGGCGGGGAGGCAGUCCAAGGCGGCGAGCCGCGCGGCGCUCACCACCCGGUGCGCUAUCGGCGACAGCCUGGAGGAGUUCCUGACCAAGGCGACGCCGGACAAGAACCUCAUCAGGCUGCUGAUCUGCAUGGGGGAGGCGAUGAGGACGAUCGCCUUCAAGGUCAGGACGGCGUCCUGCGGCGGCACCGCCUGCGUCAACUCCUUCGGCGACGAGCAGCUCGCCGUCGACAUGCUCGCCGACAAGCUCCUAUUCGAGGCGCUGGAGUACUCCCAUGUGUGCAAGUACGCGUGCUCUGAGGAAGUCCCCGAGCUGCAGGACAUGGGUGGCCCCGUCGAAGGCGGAUUCAGUGUGGCGUUCGAUCCCCUUGAUGGUUCCAGCAUCGUGGACACCAAUUUCACCGUGGGAACCAUCUUCGGCGUGUGGCCCGGCGACAAGCUGACGGGCGUCACCGGCGGAGACCAGGUUGCUGCCGCCAUGGGCAUCUACGGCCCUCGCACCACCUUCGUCGUCGCCCUCAAGGACUGCCCCGGGACGCAUGAAUUCCUUCUUCUCGACGAAGGUAAAUGGCAGCAUGUCAAGGACACCACAAGCAUUGGAGAAGGGAAGAUGUUCUCCCCUGGCAAUCUGAGGGCCACAUUUGACAACCCUGAUUACGACAAGCUUGUUAACUACUACGUCAAGGAAAAGUACACGCUGCGUUACACCGGAGGAAUGGUCCCUGACGUCAACCAGAUCAUCGUGAAGGAGAAGGGCAUAUUCACGAACGUGACGUCGCCGACGGCCAAGGCGAAGCUGCGGCUGCUGUUCGAGGUGGCGCCGCUGGGGUUCUUGAUAGAGAAGGCCGGCGGGCACAGCAGCGACGGCAAGCAGUCGGUGCUGGACAAGGUGAUCACCGUCCUCGACGAGCGGACCCAGGUGGCCUACGGCUCCAAGAAUGAGAUCAUCCGCUUCGAGGAGACCCUCUACGGCUCCUCCAGACUCGCCGCCAGCGCCACCGUCGGCGCCACCGCCUGAUAAUCAUCCCACCUUCUUUUUUUUUUUUUCCUUCAACCUGAAGGUUAAAACAAGCUGUCCGUUAUAGAGUCUGAAGCAUGCUGUUGUUGUUGUUGUUGUCUUGUGAUGAUGCGAACUGGUAAUAGAGCGGGCGGGCGGACGGCCGGGCUUGCGUACGUCUGCCGCCCUUGUCUCCA